UCUCUCCAUUGCUUCAUUUACAAAUGAAGCUCAAAGCCUUUUUUGCCUUCAAAGGCAAGCUUUCAAAGCCAUGGCCAUGCAGGACGAGAUGCCUAGUCCUACCAUCUUUUAGAUUCAGAUUGAAAAGACCCAUUUGGGUAAGAAUCUUUCGAACACCCAAGAAAGCCUAUAUAAGGAAGAGGAUAUCUGAUGCAUUCCGACCGGUAUUCCGGCCAUCGGUGAUUCACUUAGAAGAGAUGGACCAGCUUGAGGAGCUGAGAAGUGUGACAGAGCCUGAACGUGGUCGGCUUCUCUUCCCAUCCCCUACUACUCCGGCUUAUGUUCGAGUCAAUGGGGCUAGGAAAAAGGAAGUUGCAGGUGAAGAUGAUGUGGAGGAUGCUUGUAGGAGCUUUGAGACUUAUUUGAUGGAGAUGAUAGUGGAGGAAGGGAAAGUGAGGGAUUUGAUGGACGUAGAAGAGCUUCUCCAGUGCUGGAAGGAUUUGAAGUGUCCUGUAUUUACUAGUAUGGUUUGUAGGUUCUAUGGAGAGGUUUGUAAGGACUUGUUUUCAGGUGAGUAAGAAGAGAGUAUUGGUGAUGUGAAGUGAAGUGAAGUGAAGUGACCUUAUGUACUAUUCUGUGGUUUAGUUAUGUUCUUUGAUUUCUUUUAACCUUGUAGAUAAGUCUUAGGAUCCCUUUCCAUUUUUCUUGUUUAUCUUUAAUCCCAUUGAAAGCAGCAUCAAUGGAUCUGUACAAGUAUGGGCAAUCCAUAAAAUGGCACAAGACACGGAUAGAGGUUCAGGAUGUGUUAGGAAUGUAAAUAGAUCGAAUUCGAAUCAAAUAUAGUACUAUUCCUAUCUGAA